CUCGAAGCUCUCCCACCUGGCGUCGAUUGGCAACUCGCAACCCGGCCAGCUCCCUCCCACCAGCUCUCCCGCUCCGUUAUUUCAGCAGCAACCCCCGCGAUCCUGGUUUUCAUCUUUCUUUCUCGCCACUGAUGAUCGCUCCGUCCCAAAGCUUCCUUGCAUGAAUCCUUCCGCUUGGCUGCUCGCAUCAGAUUCUGAGACCCCCACAACGCAACUGUACCCCCAAGGACAUAUUGUGAAUGGCCAUGCCUCAGUAUAGCACAUUUGCCAUCCCGAAAGAAGGGAUAUCGCGAGACGUGGUCGAGGCCGAUCUGGCCUUGUACCUUGGCCGGGAUGCAAAGGUCAUGGAGAAUAAUAAAGGCGACCGAUAUGUCAUCCAGUCGUAUUCGGAACCACCGAGACAUAUGAUCACAGCACUGCGAGAUGACACGGCAAGGUGGCGUAGAAGCGAUGACUAUCGGAGACGACUGCGUUACUCCGAAAGUCGAAUCCAUCAAGAUCGGAAGCGGACUUGCCAUGGACAGGCCGACCCUCAACCUCAACUGGCCAGGCACAGCUCCCGUGACGCGAGCUCAGGAAAUGUACCGACAGGCGUGUCUCCGAUUCCUGUCCCUUCGCGACCCCCUCUGGCGCCGCGAUAUAGCUCCAGCAAUGGCUCGGUCUAUGGGUCAAUGCAAGCUUCGCCCGGCUCCAACUUCGAGAGCGUUUCUCGGUGCCAAUCGAGACGGGAGUCGGACGCCAUGUCAUCGCUAGAUGGCGGCAUGAUCAGUCGCACAAUGUCGGCUUCGAGUACCUCCAGCAGCUACGGGACGAAUGGAACGUAUGGCUUCAACAAGGAUGCGCCAGGUGGCCGCAUUGGUGAAUACGGGUUCGCCAGCGGCGAUCGAGGGCCCCCUGCGUACUUUGGUCGGUCGUGA